ACUCUCUGUGAAACAAAGAAGCAACGGAAUCUAGUAAUUCUUGUUUUUCCCCUCACAUCCUAGUUUUGGUAGGGCAAUGGAGCCGCUAAAUUUGCAAGUUACGUGACAGUAGAAAUGAAACCAAGUUUUAAAGCCAUAUUGGAUACCUGAACCUUUAAGAAUCAUUACCAGAGUAUGGGUAUAUUACAAAUAAAAUGACUCUUUGAUUGAACAGCAAGAUUCUUCAUUUAAACUGCAAAUAAAGCUGGUUUUCUGUAUGAUUUUCUUUGCAAAAAGUAGACUCAAAUAUGAGUACAAACAUAAACUGUUGCCUUUGGCCUAAAUUAGCAGGCCAAACAGGAAACACUGUUUCUGGGACCAUUUCAUUGCCUAUCAAUUUGUCAGCCACCUUAACACAAGGAUGCAUACCAGCAAAUUCAGGGACUGCUCAGGUCAGCACAUUGCUACAGCAGCAGUUACAGCAUCUACAACAGCUACACCAGCAAAACUUGCAGAACAUGAUGAAUCUACUGUCAGGUUUGGCAAAUAACAAUGUGCCAUUUCAAGCAUUAGCAUCUACUAGUGCAGUAAAUACAAAUCAGCCUUCACUGCCCCAGUCCACACCAGCUAGCACUGCCAAAACUUCACCUACAAGUAUGCUUGUGGAUGGAAAUAAAUAUGAGGCAACUAUCAAUUUGAAGGACUUCAAGCCUGAAAAUAUAAACGUAACGCUUGCCUGCGACCAUAUACAAGUAGAAGCUGAAAAUCAAGAAUACACUCCAACAUCUGCAUCAAAGACGAAAGUUUGUAAGAAUUUUAUGUUACCACAAAACGUAAUUCCCGACACUAUUGAAUGUCUUUUAGCACCUGAUGGUACCUUGACAAUUACUGCAAAACUGUACCCAUAAUUUUAAAUUAAUUGUUAAUUCAAUGUGGAUCUACAUAAUGAAAAAGUUAUACAGUUGUGAUAUUUUUCUUUAUCUUUUAUUUCUUCAGCAGAGAAAAAAAACUACAAUUAUUUCUUUGCUGGAGCGGCAGCUUUGGGUUUAACAGCCUUAGGUUUGGCAGCUACCUUGCCUACUGCCUUUUUU